CUGGCAUCUUUCAUAAUGUCCAGCAGUUUAAGUGUCCUUAAUGCUGAUGAUGUGGUGAUGUUUUCCCAGCUGUCUCUCUCCUGUCCUUUUAACGCCGCUCUGAUUUCCUGCCUCAGUCCCAGAAAACCGGCCAUGUUGCUGCUGACUUCGCUGGCGUCCGUCUACUUCCUGGCUGCGGCUGCCUUUGCCGUCCCCGCUCAGGAGAAGCGCGUCCACCACCAGGCCGAUCUGAGUGACCACGUCCACGACGACAGUCAGAAUUACCAGUACGACCACGAGGCCUUUCUGGGCAAAGAGGAUGCCAAGACCUUUGACCAGCUGACCCCUGAGGAGAGCAAAGAGAGGCUGGGAAAGAUCGUUGACCGCAUCGACACCAACAAGGACGGCUUCGUUGACCACUCUGAGCUGCGCAAGUGGAUCAAACACCGGCAGAAUAGAUACAUCGAGGAGAACGUCAACAAGCACUGGAAGGACUACGACGCUAACGGGGAUGAUAAGAUCGCCUGGGAGGAGUAUAAGAACACCACCUAUGGCUACUAUCUGGGCGACGACUUCAAUGACAUUGAAGACAAGGAAACGUAUAAAUCCAUGCUGGCCCGCGACGAGAGGCGCUUCAAGGCGGCCGACAAGGACGGCGACGGCAUCGCCACGCGCGAGGAGUUCACCGCCUUCCUUCACCCCGAGGAGUUCAGCUACAUGAAAGACGUGGUGGUGCAGGAGACUGUGGAGGACAUCGAUAAGAACGGCGACAGGAAGAUCAACCUGGCCGAAUACAUUGGUGACAUGUACACACCAGAGGACGGAGAGGCGGAGCCUGACUGGGUUCAGACUGAGAAGAAACACUUUGCAGAGUUCAGAGACAUCAACAAGGACGGCUACCUGGAUGCUGAUGAAGUGGCCCAGUGGGUUCUACCAGGAGAGGUCGACCACGCGGACAACGAGGCCAAGCACCUGAUCCAUGAGACCGACACAGACAAGGAUGAGAAAAUCACCAAGAAGGAGAUUCUGGCCAAUUGGAACAUGUUUGUUGGAAGUCAAGCCACCAAUUAUGGUGAAGAUUUAACAAAGAAACACGAGGAACUUUGAUGUGCCGUCCAUGGGAGGUUCGGGGGGGGG